AUGAGUAGUCUUUCGACGGAUACAACCAUGGUGGAAGAAAUGUUCGAGCUGGAUAUGGAUACGGAGCCGGUGGCAAAAUAUGGAAAAGAUCUUAAAACGGGUGUUAAAGAUGGCCUAGAUCUCUCAUACAGGGAACGCGACGAUAUAUUGUAUCCUUUGCCUUCUGAUAAAGUUCAUCCAGAACAUAUAGAGGUUAAGUUAGGUAGCUCACCAGAUGACGUUGGUAGUGUUACCCCUGGAGAUAACAAUCAUUUCUUCGAUGAUUCUUUGAAUGAUUUUGAGGAUUUAAAUUUUGAAAAAAAUAAAAAUUCAGAUACCGAUGUUUAUGAAAAUUCUACCCCAACCAAUUUUCGUCCUCGAGCAGAGACAACGCCGACGUCGUGUGAUCCAAUAGCAAUUGGAAGUAGGAGAAAGACUUCAAGGGCUGAACAUAUAAAGCCAGUAAUUGGUGAAAAUAAUCAAAUUGAUAUCUUUGCAUCAAUGAAAUCGGAAUCUCUUUCACUUUAUGCAUCGGAUCAUCCAAUUGCUAUUUUUGGUGAACGACCUACAGAUACAAAUGAUUCCUUCUCCAGACACUCUCUUACAUCUGGCGCUAGAAAAGUUUUCACGUCAACAAGCUAUUGUCCCAGUUCAUUUAUUCAUCGUUAA